AAGUAGAUAAAUUUUGGUUUGAAAACGUGUAAACACGGAUGACCUAGUAAUCGAACUGAUGUACAUGUAUGCGUUUGUUUAUCUGACCUUUUCGACCCAAAUUUCAAAUAACAAGUUGGAUAUUCACGAUAAAUACACAGAUCCAAAGGAAAUAAACUGACAGGAUGGUUUUCCAAGAUAUAUCGAAGGUCUUGUUCGGACAGCUAAGUCCGGAGGAGUUUGUUGACCCGCUGAGUGCGUCAGUUAUGUUCUUCACGAUCACAAUGGGAACAGGAUGGUCGCUUAGAGCAUUGAACUUGAAGCUGACGCCAGAGCCAAUCAAAACGCACGUUGCAAAUUUCUUAGCUACAUUGGAAAUGUGCGCCUACUUCUUCGAGAACAAUUUUAUUUAUAAAAACUAUGGCAGCAUUUGGUUGUUUAUCGCCGUUGUCAUAGAAUGUUUCAUUGCAAACAGAACAUUUUUCGGAGCCUCAGAAAACCCGUGCCAUGCUUUUACUGCGCUGCUUGAAAAUCAGAUCUCGGUUACAACAGCGCUUACACGGAUUGUUGUGCAAGCGCUUGCAGGUCUGGCCUCCUACCGGUUUGCUAGAAUGGUAUGGUCGUUAGAUAUGGUACCAGAUCACAGAGACAGAUAUAUGGAGACAGUCUGUGCUUCUGACCUGAAUGUUGCGUUCCUGUUUGGUUUUGCAAUAGAGCUUGGGGCUACAUUGAUCGACACAUGGAUGGGACGUCAGACCCUGUUGAAAAUGUCUGUGGUUGACGAGCUGAUCAAACUCUCCGUAGGUUCGCUGAUGAUCGUACUGGGUAUUAACAUGACCGGCAUGUACUUCAAUCCCGCAAUGGCUUCAGGUCAUACUUUCGGCUGCCAUGGCACCCAGGCUUGGGAGCACCUGUUUGUUUACUGGGCGGGGCCUUUCCUUGGUUGCUAUGUAGCUACUGUAAUUGAUCAGAUGGUACACAUUGACGUCAUACAAGCGGAAAAAGAAAGUCGCAAGAAGGCAUCUUGAGCUGAACGAUGUUUCUUUCCUUUCCAAUUAAAUGCCAGUUAUAUGUUUACCUUAGCAGUAUUAGUUACCUUAUUACUGCAUGAGACGAUCUAUUCCACUCCUUGUUUUCUUCAGCAGUGGUUCUACUUGAAAUAUGCGAAGAAUGGAAUAACUUGGAUCUCCUUCAGUUUCUCGUUUGCUCACUUGUUUAGAAAUGUUAGUCAGUUUAUACAUCUUGGAUUUAAUCCCGAACACACUUGUAAUCAUCAUAAUCGUUGUCUUAUUCAACAUCAUUAUAAAUAUCACCACCGUCAUCGUCAUGGUCAUCUCCACCUCAACUUCCACCAUUAAGUUUCCUAGAGUUUUCUUAUUUUUAGCUCACCUGUCACAUAGUGACAAGGUGAGCUUUUGUGAUCGCGCAGUGUCCGUCGUCCGUGCGUCCGUCCGUCCGUGCGUAAACUUUUCCUUGUGACAUCUCUAGAGAUCACAUUUUUUGUGGGAUCUUUAUGAAAGUUGGUCAGAAUGUUCAUCUUUAUGAUAUCUAGGUCAAGUUCGAAACUGGGUCACGUGCCGUCAAAAACUAGGUCAGUAGGUCUAAAAAUAGAAAAACAUUGUGACCUCUCUAGAGGCCAUAUAUUUCACAAGAUCUUCAUGAAAAUUGGUCAGAAUGUUCACCUUGAUGAUAUCUAGGUUAAGUUCGAAACUGGGUCACGUGGGUCAAAAACUAGGUCAGUAGGUCUAAAAAUAGAAAAACAUUGUGACCUCUCUAGAGGCCAUAUUUUUCAUGAGAUCUUCAUGAAUGUUGGUCAGAAUGUUCAUCUUGAUAAUAUCUAGGUCAAGUUCGAAACUGGGUCACGUGGGGUCAAAAACUAGGUCAUUAGGUUUAAAAAUAGAAAAACCUUGUGACCUCUCUAGAGGCCAUAUUUCUCAAUGGAUCUUCAUGAAAAUUGGUCAGAAUGUUCACCUUGAUGAUAUCUAGGGCAAGUUCGAAACUGGGUCACGUGGGGUUAAAAACUAGGUCAGUAGGUCUAAAAAUAGAAAAACCUUGUGACCUCUCUAGAGGCCAUAUUUUUCACGAGAUCUUCAUGAAUAUUGGUCAGAAUGUUUACCUUGAUGAUAUCUAGGUCAAGUUCGAAACUGGGUCAUGUGGGGUCAAAAACUAGGUCAGUAGGUCUAAAAAUAGAAAAACCUUGUGACCUCUCUAGAGGCCAUACUUCUCAAUGGAUCUUCAUGAAAAUUGGUGAGAAUGUUCAGCUUGAUGAUAUCUAGGUCAGCUUCUUAAAUGGAUCAUGUGCGGUCAAAAACUAGGUCAGUAGGUCGAAAAAUAGAAAAACCUUGUGACCUCUCUAGAGGCCAUAUUUUUCAUGAGACCUUCAUGAAAAUUGGUGAGAAUGUUCAUCUUGAUGAUAUCUAGGUCAAGUUUAAAAGUGGGUCACGUGCCUUCAAAAACUAGGUCAUUAGGUCAAAUAAUAGAAAAACCUUGUGACCUCUCUAGAGGCCAUAUUUUUCAAUGGAUCUUCAUGAAAAUUGGUCAGAAUUUUUUAUCUUGAUGAUAUCUAGGUCACAUGUGCUCAAAAACUAGGUCACUGUGUCAAAUAAUAGAAAUAACGACGUCAUACUCAGUUCAACACUGGGUCAUGUGGGGAUAGGUGAGCGAUUCAGGACCAUCAUGGUCCUCUUGUUUUCAGAAAUGUUUUAGAUUUUUAUCUUGGAUUUAAUCCCAGUCACACCUGUUAUCAUCAUCAUCACCAUUAUCAUCAUCAUAACAUCAUCGUUGUCAUCAUCAUCAUCAUCAUCGUCGUCCUUGUUAUCAGCAUCAACCAUUUUGGGAGUUGCAGUUCGUGUUUCUGAGAAUUUCAAGCAGAUAUUGCCGAUUUCUUUGAUUUUUACAUACCUGUACAUAGACGGCAAUUUAGUUUGCUUUUAAGUCAGUGGCACCUUAAAACAAUCUCUCAAAUCGCGUUUUAGACCUUAUAUCUGAGGAAGCCAUCCAGCUGGCUUACGGAAGGUUGGUGGUUCUACCCAGGUGCCCGCUCGUGAUGAAAUAAUGCACGGAGGGGCACCUGAGGUCUUCCUCCAUCAUCAAAGCUGGAAAGUCUCCAUAUGACCUAUAAUUGUGUCGGUGCGAUGUUAAAUCCAACAGGUUCAUUAAUUUAGACCUGAUAUCUUUCAUAAUAAACAAAUGCUGACAAUAGAUACUUGGUAGAGAAUCUCUUGAUAAUAUUAAAUGUUACCCAGGUACUGUUCCCAUUAGUAACAUUAUGCUUAUAAAAUUUUGUAUUUUUUGUGGUUUUCUGGAAACAAAGACUUCGAGUUGUUUACUGGAAUAUUUCUUUUUUUAUAAAAAACAAGCGUAUAUUCCGUAAAAUAUUUAGAAAAGUACUUAGUUUCGCAGUGAAAAUUUGAUGCGAAACUAAAGAAACUUAGCUAAAUUUUAUAUCUUGCUUAAAAACAUCUACAUGUGUAAUACUGAUUUAUGUGUUUACAGGUAUUUUGUAAACAUUGAAAUCUAUUUUAAAAUUUGUUAUUAUUAUGUUGAUCUAGAGACACGCCCCGAUUAGCAUUCUGCACAAGCGGUAUUUAUUAUAAUUUUUAUAGUUAUGUGAAUGAUAUAUCCCUACACAAUUUUACAGAUAUUUUACAAUGGUUUGUUAGCAAUGAUUUAAAAAUUAAAAAGUAAAUAGCUGA